AUGUGCCAGCCCAACACGACUGGCAUGAUUUCAGUCAACGCCGGGGCAGAGAAGCUCCGCGAGAUGCUUUCUGCGGAGAGUUGGGCGGACUUGGGUAAUGUCGACGCGGCUUGUGACAAUAGCACGCAUGACUGUGUUCUCUCUGUCUCCGUUUCAUCCAUCGAGCCUCUUCUCGUGCGCUUUCGCAGCCUGGGUAUCAAAGCAAAGCGGCUUGAUCUGCCGUACGGUUUCCACUCACCCGCAAUGGAACCACUUCAACCCCAGGUGAAGCUCGGUCUGGACUUGACAGGGAAAAUGUAUACGAAAGGUGACAUCGACCAUACAUACUUCUCCUCGCAGACCGUGUCAACGGUCCGCUUCCGAGAGCUCGUGGAGGCCUGUAUCCCUUCCGAAUGCGCCCAGUCUGGAGUAGUAUUUUUGGAAAUUAGUCCUCAUCCAACACUAUUGCCGAUGAUCAAGACCACUACUUCGGCCUCCAAUAUCCCAGUCGUCUGUCUCGGCACUCUGCACAAACAAAGGCCAAACUGGGAGUCUUUGGCAGAGUCAACCGCUGAACUUGCCCGAAGAGGGUUCCCACUCCGCUGGAAUGAAGGAUUUGAUGGCCAAAAUCCAAAGCUGGUCGACCUCCCACUCUACCAAUCCAGCCAAGCCGGUGUCGGUUCAGAAUCAAAGCGGAAGUUGAAGUCCCCCAUCUCUGCUUGGAUAGACGGCCACUCCGACAACGGUGCACCUUAUGAAGUCAGCACCAGGAUCACGCCGCUUAUCGAGGGGCACCGCGUGGCUGGCACCUGUAUCUGCCCGGCAUCAGUGUACAUAGAGCUCGCGUUGCAAGCCGCGUCCCCUCGCGUGGAACAUGGACAUCGAAUCCGGCUUGAGUACAUCAUUUUCUCCAAGCCUUUAGUACACCAGAUGGCCGAUCCGUUGCAGGUAAUCGGCGUUGAGAUCCAAGAACCGAAAAACCUUGACAAUGCGCUUGAAUUCCGUGUGGUGCCCUUACAGCACGGAGGUCCGGUGGAUGGUGAGUCGACAUUCUGUCGCGGCACGAUCGCACCACGCGGCCGCGCCGGCGGCAUCAUUAUUCCUCCGUCCGGGCCUCCGCGGCACCUCAUCGACCCGGCUGGGCCGUGCGUAAUGCAGCGCAAGAUGCUGUACGACACAAUUUUCACCCGUGUCGUAUCCUACUCACCGAUGUAUCAGACUAUUGACCGGCUUCAGUUGAGCCAUGCCGCAGAGAAGCUACCGCCGGUUUUUAUCGACACGCUUCUACACGCGGCGGGUUUUCUGGCCAACUGCUCUGUCCCAUCAUCCGACGUCUGCAUAUGCACGGGUGUUGAGAGCGUCGAGUUCUUGGUCCAGGGCCCAUCGGCUUGGGAAGAGACGUUCAUCCUCCAAACAUAUAUAACACCGACAACAGGGGGUUUCCAGGGCACAUCCUACGCGUACGACCAUCAAGGGACUCUUGUGGCACUCGUGCAAGGCAUGGCGUUCAAGCAACUUCCAAUUCAGAGUUUCCACAAGGCACUGCAGCGGGCCAUCAGCCAGCCCUCGAAAGACACGUUUGACUCUACUCUAUCCAGUAACAGAGACAGCCGGUUGCUUCGAGACCAAUCCGCGCCUGGAUUGUCGCCACCAGACAGCGUAACAUCUGACUUGGUGCGCAUAAUCGGGGAAGUAACGGGGAUCUCGGAUGCCCAUACGAUUGCGUCAACAGAAUUCUCCCAGCUCGGCAUUGAUUCCUUGAUGACCAUUGAGUUACUUGAUAGAAUCAGUAGAGAAUUCCCCGGUCUCAGUCAAAUUUCAGAGCACGAGCUCGCUCAAUGCGACACCCUCACGGCUCUGGAAGCCAUACUUAUGACGGUAAACGACGGCGAGGCACUUGACGACUCGAGCUCCGGGGGUUCGUCUCGCUCCGAUUUUGUCUUUUCGGUUGGUGAUAGUUCACCGUCCACGAGUCCCAUGAUGUCGAAAUCUAUCAGCCCAACCCGUCCGGCGGCACCGCAUAGCGACACCUCUAUAUCACUGGCCCAGAGAGUUCGCCAGGCUGUUGCAGAUGUGUCUUCGGUCCCUCUGGAUAGUGUGCGAGCAGACACCCGACUCGAAGAACUGGGCCUCGACUCAUUGCUGGGCAUCGAGCUGCUUGAACGAUUGGGCUCCGAGGAUGGCCUGGCCAUCACACAGACGAAGCUCGACUCGUGCCAAACAGUGCAAGACAUCGUCGGCAAUCUCGAGAGCAAGCAAAAACUCGCCGUCACCGGCGCAGCUCAAGCUGAGAUGGGCUCAUUGCGCCUGCUGAGGCGUGGUUCCGCAUCGAAAGCACCUCUAUAUCUUAUCCAUGACGGCAGCGGAGUUUGUCACGAGGUGUAUGGCAGACUGGGUGAUCUCGACCGAAACGUAUAUAGCAUAUUAGCAACCGCUGGCAGAAACACCUCGGACGGCCCGGGUAGUCUACUCGACAUGGCACGUGCAUAUGCUGCCAUGGUUGACACGUCGCAACCUGUCAUUCUGGGAGGCUGGUCAUUUGGCGGUGUAGUAGCAUACGAAAUAAGCCGCACGCUGCGUAGGAUGGACUGCAACGUCUCGGGUCUUAUAUUGAUCGACUCGCCCUGUCCAAUCAACCACGUAGGCCUUCCACAGGCGCUUCUUGAACAGGUAUGCAAAGGAAAGCCGAAGUGGGUGCUGGAGAAUUUCCAGAGGCACACUGCUCUCCUUAGGGACCAUGUGCCAGAUGCUUCCCAGCGUGACUUCCCGGUCGCGUUCCUGAAGAGCACCGCGCUCGUCAGUGCCAGCCUCGACGGCGCACGUUGCGCGUUCCUCGACAACGCGUCGGAGCGGAAUAGGGAGAUCCAGCACUGGGAGGCCCUGACAGGCCGGCGGCUGACGCUUCUGGACAUUCCCGGGAACCAUUUCCAGGCUUUUGAUGUUGAUAUCGUCCAACACACUUCGACCGCGGUCUCUUUGGCCUUGGACGAGUGCGAGUAG